AUGGCACGCAAACUGAGCCACCAGAGGGUUACUUAUGUCCUCCCGCUGCCUGAUGCCCCAGGCGGGCACCGGCUGGGGAUCAACGGCCUGACUGUCGACCGUCAAAACUCGAUCCUAUACUCCGCGGGUCGCGACGGCGUCAUAUGUUCGUGGGAUCUCGGCUUUCCUCUUUCCUCCGCGGUCGCAUCAAAGGACACAUCAGAAUCGGGUCAGAAUUCUAGUCCAACCGGUUUCAAAACCCAAGUUCAAGCCCACAGCCACUGGAUCAACGACAUAGUCUUGGCACAGGACAACUCCGCGCUCGUCUCCGCUUCAUCCGACACAACCGUGCGGCUUUGGCGACCGCAUUCCGAGUCGACCGAAGUGCCAGAGCGCAUCGGAAAGCACACCGAUUAUGUGAAGGCUCUGGCAAGUCCCGGCAGCCAUGCGACUUGGGUCGCAUCGGGCGGUCUCGAUCAAAAGGUCUACCUCUGGGAUCUAGAUGGUGGUGGAGAGAUAUUGAGCAUCAAUGCGGGUGGAGAAGAUUCCACAGAUAAAGGAUCUGUGUACGCGCUGGGUGCUGUCUCGUCAGUGCUCGCUAGUGGGGGCCCAGAAAAUGUCGUGCGAGUAUGGGAUCCCAGGUCUGGAAAGCUGGUCACCAAAUUCGUGGGCCAUACGGAUAACAUCCGUGAUAUCUUGAUCAACCAGAAUGGUGAUAAAAUCAUGACGGGCUCGUCUGACCAAACGAUCAAGAUCUGGUCCCUCACCGCGGGUCGAUGCAUGAAUACCCUGACCAUGCACAAUGACAGUGUGUGGUCGCUUUACUCGGACCACCCUGAUCUCUCUGUCUUCUAUUCAAGUGACCGAUCUGGAUUAGUGGCAAAGACUGAUAUGAGAGGGUCGCCAGAUCCCGAGCAGGGCAUCUGUGUCGCUGCAUUGCAAGAGCACGAGGGAGUUAUUAAAGUUGUGGCGGCGGGAGACUACAUUUGGACUGCGACUCCAAAAUCGAGCGUCAACCGCUGGCGAGAUGCCGAUACCACAGCUGGGAUUGAGCCGCCGCCCGACCCUGGCCGUACUAUAGACUCUGCUGCGCCGCCCAGUGCUGCAGACAAGGGACCCAAAAAGCUUCCGUUUCACGCUGUUCUACAAGUAUCGGCGACAUCGGUCCUGGGUGCCCCUGCCUCUAAAAUCAGUGCGCCGGAGCCAGUUCCGGGCGCAAUCGGGCUCACGAUCCCUGUUCAUUCACUACCCGAGGAAACUAUUGAAGGCCAACAUGGGUUGAUCAAGUGCUUGAUGCUGAAUGAUCGGAUGCGUGCACUUACUCAGGAUUCGGCUGGAGAAGUUGUGCUGUGGGAUCUGCUGAAGUGCAUACCCAUCAAAACAUUCGGCAAACGUCACAUGGAUGAUGUUGAGUCGGAGGUCAACACCACUGAUAGUAUCGCACACUGGUGUGCUAUUGAUGUGCGUACUGGUAGGCUAUCGGUCAUUCUCGAGCCCAACCGCUGUUUCGACGCAGAAGUUUAUGCCGAUGAGACCGACCUGCCACCAUCUCAUGUGCUGCAACACAGAGAUGAUCAAAGAAUCAAUCUCGGUAAAUGGAUCUUGCGUUGGCUGUUCGCUCCGGUAGUGGACGAUGAGAUUCGGCAGGAUAACGAAUACCGCCAAGCUGCCGUCGCGAGAGCAGAGGAACAUGCUCGACUGAAUCCGAUUAGUACAUCGGUGCUCCCCGAUGAUAUCCCUCGCAGCGUCGGUAUUCCUAUCUCAAAUCCUCGCUCAAGGUCGACUUUGCGUCCUAGCUCAGAAUUCCCUGGUAGCCCGAGCAUCGGGUUUGGAAUCAACGUUGGCACGCCAUCAUCAAAUUACCUGAGCACUUCUAUGCAGAGCAACUCUCCAUUCCCCAUGUUUGAGCCGGAGACGCCUGACCCCUCCGGGCCAACACAUUCUCAUCUCGAUGGUGGCCAAUCCUCCUUCUCAGAUCGGUCAACCGAUUACUUCUCAAACAGACCUCCAGCGGUCCCACAACUGGACACCGACAAGGGUCUUCUGUCUCCGUCAGAUGCAGCCUCAAAUUCAGGGCUUCCUCUGUCUCCUGCAGAGCCCGAUAAAGAAGAACGCAAGAAAUCAUCACUAUUUGGGAAGAAGUUCCAAAUGAAUUUCCCCAAGAAACUAGGUCGGAACUCCACAGAAACGAAGCCUCAAAUCGUGGAAGAGAAGGCCGAAGAGUCGGAGAUAUCCUCUAUCAAAGAAGAGAAAGUUUAUGAUCCUAACCUUUGUGGCGUGAUUGAGCGCAUACGCAAUGACUAUGAAGAAUUCCUGGCUACAAAUCCAGACCAGGAUUUGGAGACUGCUCUUUUGCCUAGUACUGAAGAUGAAACCCCACGGCUGGAGAUUCCGCCUCGAACCUCAGUCUUCAUCCAGGAGGAAACAAUUGAUACUGCUGUUGCCUCGGAUCUCUACAGAGGCAACGUGGAGCGCAUUGGCGAGGACAUCGAGAUGCUCAAGAAGUCGAUUCCUCACUGGCUUGGCGAAUUUCUUCUGAAGAAUCAAAUCCCCUUCAAGGAGCAAGUCAAGAUCGCCUUUAUCUUGAAGCCCUUCGAUGAUACCUUGCCACCACUGGUCAAGCCCGAGCCUCCGAUUCCUAAUGGCGCACCACCGGGUGCCCUGAACCCCAACAGCAACAACAAUAACAACAACGGCUCUCGUCUCAAUGCCAACCGCAUGUUGCGAGCGAAGAAAAUUAUCGCUUACGUCGCAGAGCGCAUCGAUCCUACGAAUCCCGAUGAGCCUGCUGAAUCCGCUAUGCAGCCAGAAGAGUACCUCGACCUCUACUGCCAUAAUAUUAUCUGUCCCCCGAAUAUGACCCUAGCAACGAUUCGCACGCAUCUUUGGCGCACCUCAGGAGACAUGGUUCUUUACUACAAGACAAACGGCAAGAAAGAGAUCCACCCUCCUCGAUCUUUGUUUGGAAUUGAUGAGAAUCAUCUCCUUGUGGGAGAUCCCCAUGGUUCGAACGGGGAUAGCAAUGGACAUGCACCCCCUGGGAGUAUCCAUUCUAUGACUAACUCGGGCUCUGUCGCAGGCUCCGUCAUCACCUAG